AUGGCCUGGCUGCCAGCACUGUCCUUGGCUGCCUUCGUGAUUUACAUGGCAGAUCACUUGGGUGGUUGGCUCUCAGUGCGGCUCAGCUCCUUUCGGGAAGACAGUGUUCCAAGUAUGAAAGGCAAGGUAGUCGUGGUCACUGGUGGCAACGCUGGCAUUGGUUGGCACACGGUGCGCUUGCUGGCGGCCGCAGGGGCCAAGGUGAUUCUGGCCUGUCGAGCGGUCCAGAAGGGAUUUGAGCAGGUGCAGACACUCCCGCCGGAGGUUGCGCAGCAGGUAGAAGUGAUGGAGCUUGACCUGGCGGUCUUCGAGUCAAUUGUGGCAUUUUCCAGAAGGUUUCAGGAAAAGUACCAGCAGCUGCAUGUGCUUGUUCUGAACGCGGGGCUUGCCAAGACAUUCCUUGGCAGUGCUGGCUGGAAGUUGACGCCAGAGGGUUUGGAGGAGAUGGUGGGGGUCUCUUUCCUGGGCCACUACCUGCUGUGCCGGCUUCUGUUGCCUGUGCUCCGGCACGGGCACAGCCGGGUCAUCGGGCAGAGCUCUGUGGCCAUGGCCAAUAGCUAUUUGCGGGGCAUUGAUCCAAAGAGCUGGACCUCGAAGCCGCAGGACUACCAUGAUUGGAAGCAGUAUGGUCAGGCCAAGUUGGCGAUGCGCCUCUUCAUGACAGAGUUGCAACGGCGAGAGCCGGGGGUCUUGUGCUUGGCCAACCACCCUGGAGUGGUCGAGAACACCAGUUUGAUGCAUCCGCAGGGUGCAGGAAUCGUGGAGAGAUGGUACGAUGCUUUGCUGUUCAAGCUUUGGGGCAUGCGUGCCGCAGAUGGUGGCCUCCAAACUGCUUGGCUGGCAUCCACCGCUGCGGAGCAGCUGCAAGGAGGGGCUUGCUACAAACCCAUUGGCCGAGAAAGGCGCUUCAUCUCCGAUCCCCUGCAGCGCCUGGGAAACCUGCAAGCUCCGCUGCCCAUGCGCACGGACUUCCCAACUCUUUGGACGGAUGCUGAGAAUGUCGUCAAUGAGAGGGCAGGUGAAAUCAAACAGUGCUACACCUUGAGUAGUGAAAAGCUCGGCGAGGGCGGCUUUGGCUACGUCACAAAGGGCAGAAGUCUGGAGACUGGGAGUCACUACGCCGUGAAGAAAGUCUCCAAGGCGAAAGCCAAGCAGCGGCGGGUGCAAGUCCGGAGCGAGAUCGAUGUCAUGAAGCUGACGGACCACCCCAACGUGGUGACGCUGCAUGAAACUUUUGAGGACAAGUCACAUCUGUACUUGGUGAUGGAGCUUUGUGGUGGAGGAGAUUUGGACAAGCACAUGCAGAGGCAGAAAGGCCCUUACAGCGAACAUCAGGCAGCAAUCCUCAUGGAGCAGAUCCUCAAAUCUGUGAGCUACUUGCACGACUGUAAGGGUAUUUGCCAUCGAGAUCUCAAACCACACAACUUCUUGUUUUUGCGCCAGGCGCCAGUCGAGGCCAAUGUGUUGAAACUGGCUGAUUUUGGCUUGGCGUGCAGCUUUCAGCCCGGAGAGGUACUGAGCAGCAAAGUGGGCACCGUCUUGUACUGCUCACCGCAGGUGCUGGGUGGCGUGUACGACAGCUCUGCAGACCUCUGGAGUUGUGGGGUGAUCAUGUAUAUGCUCUUGGGUCACGAGUUGCCCUUCAGCGGCAAGAAUGAUGCGGAGGUGGCCAAAAGCGUCCGCAAGGGCAACUACGCCUUCAGCGAUCCCGUGUGGCUCUCCGUGUCCGAGGACGGCAAAGACCUCAUCCGGAAGACGCUGAAGUUCCAGCCCUUCGAUCGCGCCACCGCCUCACAGGCGCGGCAGCAUGUGUGGUUCAGCUUUGCCGCCCCUGAGCUGCGGAGCGCUUGUGCAUUGAGGGCCUCAGUGCUGUCAGAUUUGCUGCGCUUCUCGGCGCGGAGCGCCUUCCAGCGGGCUGCCUUGCGAGCGGUGGCGAUGCAGCUGAGCCAGGAGGAGGUGGAGCCCUUGUGGCGCGACUUCUCAGCACUGGACGUGAAGGGCUGUGGCCUCGUAGGAGCUGCGGAGCUCCAGGAGUUGCUGCAAUCUGGCACGCUCGAUGCUGUUGAAGAAGACCUGUGGAAGGUUGGGGCGGAAUUGGCCAAGAUUGCUGGAUUUUCACGAAAGCUUGCUGCCUGGGAAUCCGAUUCUUUCGGAAUUGGGCAAAGCGCUCUUGAGCUGGUUCAAAAGUCCGUCCUACCGACUUUGGUAGCGGAGCCCCGGCCGUCCGGGGUUCCUGCUUUCGCCAUUGGCCGCCUGGCGCCUUCGGCGCCGCCCGGCGCGAUCCCGGGCCCGCUGCGCUGCCCGCGCUGCUUCGCUCUCGUCGCCGCCACGACGACGAUCCUUUUUUGCUGUCUCACAAAUUUGGCCAUUUUGGUCCUGUGCAUUUGUUCUUCGGCUCCGAGGGCACCUGUGAAAGCAGCCAAUUUUGCGCCCGUGAAAGCCCCCGAGUACACGACCCUGGAGGUGAUUGACCUGCACUCCAUCUUCCUGAAUCAGACGCUGACCAUUGACAUCUCCCUGAAUUUGCAGGACUACCCGAUUCAGGACACCUUCACGUACCGGGACUUUGCCCGUGAUCUGUUCACGAUGGACCUGUAUACCGAUCAGGCCGCCGAGUUCUUCUCCACGCCAUCCUCGUCAUGGAACACCAUGGACUAUGACACCUACUAUGACGACUGGUCAUGGCAAGAUGACCCCUGGCAAGCCUAUCCAGAAGUGGACCCCUGGACCGGCUAUGCAGAGGAUGAAUGGUGGCAAGAAGAUGAUUCCUGGUCGCCUACGGCAUCAGAAUGGCACACCCCUGAGGAGUAUGUCAUCCAUGACGACCAGCAUGAGACAGAGCAAGCUGCUGAAGCCCCUGAGACCUACUAUGAGGACGAGGACUACUACCAGCAGAAGAGUGGCUGUCAUGUCUGUGGCAGUCGAUGGCACAUGGCCGCACAGUGUCCCGUCAGAGACAAAGGAAAAGGCGGCUAUGGAGGAGGAAAAUCCUCCUGGAGGCCAAAAGGCAAAGGCAAAGGAAAAGGAAAGAAAGGCAAGGGCAAAAGCAAGUCAUUCAAGGGCAAAGGCAAGUUCAAAGGUGGCAAUAAGGGCUACUUCAACGACAUUGACUACAGUGCCCAACGAAGUCAACCUGAACAAGGACUUUCUCGGAGUCCUCCAGCUUCAUCAUCUUUUACCACUGAGGUGAAGCCCAUCCAUAUGACACCACCGAGGAUUGGAGAGUUGCUUCCUUGGCAAGAGAAGAAAGUGACCUUUGCCGAAGAUCAAGAAGAUGAAGAAGCUCCAGCUCCAUCUGAGCCAGACCGGAACGUCAGUGGAGCACUCAUGGGACACGAGUUCGAUCUCUUCAAGAUGAUCACCCGCUGA